UUCCGUCUCGUUUCGGCCGCGAGGCGUUGUGGAUGUAGGAAUGCGGUUACCAUAGGGCUGUGGGCAUUGCUGGGCACUCGGCGCGGCGGAGAUGUAUGCAAGGGAACGGGGACCCACCGCGUCUGUCUGUUGUCCAACUUAGCGGGGCCGUCUCGGGAAUGUGGAAGGGAACUCGAGACGGAGAGGCGACGGUGGGAACGGGGCAGCAGCGUCUGUAUAUCCCCCAUCCAUUUUUUCUGGGGAUUUUCUGUCUUUGUGGGGGGGAGAGAGGGAUUGCGAGAGAAGCCAAGGAUUCCCCGGCAGCACCAUGGAGCCACGCACUGCAGACAACAGUGAAAGGUGACGGUGAAAUGAAAUGCAAAUCGUCUGGCCUUCUUCCUGCUACAAAAGAAGUGAUAAUUUUUAACGUCAAGAUUUGGAGUUUGUGAGGCCAACAACAUCAUCAUGUUCUACGGUUCUUCCUCUGGGGCCAGCAUGUCCCUGCCAUCCAAGAGCCGCCUGAAGCGCCAGAGCAGAACCUUUACACAGGUCCUGUACCGCACUCUGAGCUACAGAGACCGUGUCCCAGCAGAGACAGGGACAAACACCCGAGGGGAUCGGCGCUCCACUACUGAACCCCCAGAGCGGCCAGCGGAUGACCCUGCCGAACUCUCCACUCAGAGCUCGGCCCCAGGGGUGCUGAAGAUCUUUGGAGAUGAGAUCUGUGCCGGUGCCAACUACAAGAGUGUCCUAGCCACGCCCCGCUCUAGUGCUCAGGAACUCGUGAAGGAAGCGCUGGAGCGGUACUCGCUCAACAAGGAUGCAGCUCGCGUCUAUGUGCUGUGUGAUGUGAUCGGACGUCUUGAGGGCGGCGGGGCAUGGAGGACUGAGUGCCUGCGAGCGCUUGGGGACAACGAGAAGCCGCUGCUGCUCCAGGAGCUGUGGAAGCCCCGAGAAGGACAUGCUCGCAGGUUUGAGCUGCGCAGGAGAGCUGAGGUGGACGAACUCAAUGCCAAAGAGAAGGAUACCGUCACUGCUGGGCCCAGAACCCCUCAAUUCUUGGCGGCUCUAAUGGGUCGGUCUGGGCUGGGCAAACACAGGAGCUCCCCCCUGCGGUCUGGUCGGGUGGUACAGUCCAGCUCUAAAGAUAUUAAUGCCCAGGCCCGGAAGCUCCAGAGGAACAGGGCUAAGGGGACACUGACCCUGCCCCGCUCCAGCAAUUCAUCGUUCUGCCGCAGCCUCAGCGAAACAAGCCUUAAUCAGCUUGGAGUGGGAGAAGAGCCCAAACGAUAUUAUUCCACCUUGCCAGGGCCACUGAGGGGUCGAGAACGUGACGGACCCUCCAGCAACCGGAGGAAAGAAGAGGGCAGUCAGGGAGCAGGAGGGGUGAGGCACUCUCUCUACCAGUCCCCCCAUCUUCUUCUGCUACAAGGAUUCAAUCGGCAGGACUGCCUGGUUUAUCUUCUGAACAGGGAGCAGCACACAGUGGGUCAGGAGACCCCAUCAGCCCGCCCCAACAUAUGCCUCUUCUCACCUGACAUCCUUCCCCUCCACUGCCGGUUGCGCCGAGUCCCUGCACCACAUCAUCAUACCAACAGCAACAAGGGAGACGAUUUGGCAGAGAGUCACCGUUUCUGUGUAGCUGUUGAGCCUGUACUCAACGCCACUGUGCUGGUGAACUUUUCCCGCUGUGAGCGCACAACGACGCUGCGACAUGGCGACCUUCUCUCCUUUGGAGCACAUUACAUCUUCCUCUACAAGGACCCCACGGGCGCCAAGCCCCUGCCUGCUCAAACCUUGGCACGGCUGCGCACAUUGGGGCAGCUUUAUGAUACAGGGGUAGAUGAGGGGGAGGAUGGGACUCAGACUUGUAAAAUGUGCGGUUCUGUACUGAAGGACAAAACCGCACAAGUGGUUAGUGUCCCAGCAGUUAGACGUAGCUUCAAGCCACACCUGGUGAAACCUCGCGGUGUUGGGAUGGUGUCAGGAGGUGAAACAGCAGGACGAGGAGGAGGAGGUCAAAAAAGAAAGCUACAGCUGGAGUUUGACCAAGCUCAUGAGGACCAGCUGUUGAAUAGAAUCGUCUCUCUCAUUGAACCUGGAGGAGACGACCAUAAGCUGACGCCUGCCUACCUAUUGUGUCUGUGUAUACAACACUCUGCAUCGACCUUCCCUCCUGGCAGCUUCGGCAAACUGCUGCUGAAGAUCGUCCGUCGAAUCCAAACCAUUGCAUGGGAGAAGACAAAGGAGCUGGCUCAGAAGCAAGCUCAGCAUCAGGACCCAGCCUCCUUGUCUUUACUCAGCAUCUCAGACCUGAUCCCAGACUUGCAGACCAUCUUCUUCUGGAUGUCAAACUCAAUUGAGAUCCUCUACUUUAUCCAGCAAAGGGCGCCAGCCUACACACACAGCAUAGAGAUGCUGCAAGGGUCAAAGGAGUCGUUGUUAUCGGCGACCAUAACAGCCAAUGAAGAGGCUAUGACUAUCUUGGAGGAAGUUAUCAUGUACACAUUCCAGCAGUGUGUCUAUUAUAUCACUAAGGCUCUUUAUGUGGUGUUGCCUGGUUUAUUAGACUGUAAUCCAUUCCCAGUCGACAGCUCUGAGCCCUGCUGGAAAGGAGGUGUCGGGUUUCCUGAACCUGUCCGCAGAGUCCUGCAGGUUUUUCAGAGUGCACAGGAGCUUCUGCACGGUUACCUGGUUCACCCGGAGAUCCAGGCUCAGAUGUUUGCUUACCUCUUCUUCUUCUCCAAUGUUUCACUGCUUAACCAGUUACUGGACAAAGGUCCAGCCCGGGGUUGGUUCCAGCGUUCAAAGUCACUGCAAAUCCAGGCGUGUUUGCGAAUGCUGAUGGAAUGGGCAACCAAGUCCGGUCUGGGACAUCUGGCUGAAAAGUUCUUCACCAAACUCAACAGUACUGUGUCCAUAGUGGCCACGCCCCCACAGCAGCUCACACAGUUGAGUUGGCGAGUGUUGUCCAGUGAGCACCCAUCUCUGAAACCAGUCCAGCUCCACAGGAUCCUCACCCAGUACCAGCUGACAGCAGAGAUAGGUCCUGUCCCAGUAUGGCAGCCCAGCAGUGAGGACGAAGCUUAUAUCUAUAGAUCAGUUGACCUCCUGGAAAGCUUUGAGAACCACCCGCCCAUCGUCCUGCCCAGCUCAGGGUUCAGAGUGGACCUGGACAGCGAGUGUGUGGAGGACAGCAUCUACAGACAGCUGCUCUAUGUCCGUCACUACCUGUGGGGUCUGAGGACCAAGACUCAAACUCACACCACCACUCCCAGUGUGCACACACAGUCCAAUGGAACCAACACGGCCGACUGGCCGGACAUCCAGAGGGAGCUGCUGCCUCCGGCCCACAGCAGCCCCCGCUCUGGGGGGGGCGCUGGGGAUGAGACGGCAGCAGAGGAGAGGGGACGAGACCGGCCCCCGGGCCAGACACAAACCCACAGCCUCAGAAGGAACGGAACCAUUCACCAUCCUCGUGCAGCCAAUUCGGACCCAUCCUGCCUCCUGACCCCACCCAACACCCCCCUGUACCCAGAGGGGGGAGGUGUAGCGGGUCCCAUUCUCUGCACCAGCAUUCAGGCUAAUGGCUGCUCAGCCAGAACUCUAGCAGAAUGUAAAAAGACAAACGGACUCCUCACAAAUGGACUGGAAGGAUGUAUUAGUGGCUGUGAGUUUCCUUUCCCUGUCUCCUCCCCCGGCGCUCCUUCCCUUGCUGAUGAUUUGUGUGUGGUGUUUGUAGUGGAACUCGACAAGGGACCCUACGGACUGGGAAUGGGACUCAUAGACGGCCUGCACACCCCCCUUAACGCUCCCGGUAUUUACAUCCGAACCCUGAUCCCCGACGGGCCGGCUGCAUCCGACGGCAGGCUGAGGAUCGGCGACCGCAUCCUGGCAGUGAAUGGGACCAGUCUGAUCGGAGCCGACUACCAGAGCGCUGUGGAUCUGAUUCGUCUGGGAGGGGGUCGACUGCGUUUCCUGGUAGCCAAGUCGGACCCCGAGGUCUCAGAGAAGAUCAGUGCCUCGUCCUGCUGACCACUGCCCCGCUAGCACCAUGACGCUGACACAUGUGCAAAGCUCAGCAGGGUUCACACAGCUAUGGCUUACAUGUAAAUAUCAGGUUGGGAAUCCUGAGUUUGUAAAUAGCAUCAGAGGGAUGUUCAUUAAUCAUCUCCAGGCAGCCUGGUGUUUAAAGCACAGGAGAUUCUUCUCAAUCUGUGGAAUAUUUCCAGCUCUAAAUCCAGAUGGAAAUAGUUUGAUUCAUUGCUCAGCUGUUGCUCUGAAGCAGCAGUUUGUAAAACUGGAGAGACAUCCUUCUGUUUAUGUCAAAGCAUUUGAUGACGUGCUUUUGGAAAGGAAUGUUUUAUAAAGUUGUUUGUUAGGAGUUCUUGACACCAUCAAACUUUUGUGAUUGAAUGUUUACUUUUUGUACCAGGCUUUGGAUGUAAAACACCUGAAGGUUCUGGCUGAGGAAGCUGAGUCCUGGUGGAAACAUUGAGCUUCAGGUCCUCAGUGCCGCUCUGUUCACACUGUAAAUAGUUGUAAAUAUUUUAUCAGCCAGAUGAACAGAAAGCAAUUUGGGAUUUAUUCCUGUUUGUGAGGAGAAAAAAAACUUAGACCUAUUGAUGGAAAAUGUUUUAUGGAAUGAUGGGACUUUAAUUAUUUGUGUCCUUUUUUUAAACUUCUGUAUUUAUUUCCACUUCUUUAUUCUGGUUUGUGCAUUACAGCAUUUUUUUUACAUGCUGCUACAACAUGUACAAUUACACAAAACACUUGAGUGUUCAUGUUUAGAACAGAACAAAAACUUUUAAAUAGAAUCCACGCGGAGGAAUCUUCUGCUGAAACCAGUUGCCUUUGAUAGACAAAUACAUUUUAACUGGAUCUGAAGGAAGGUGAGCUAAUGCUGUUUAUUAACUUGAAAAGACUUUUUAGAAAGGGGAAAAAAAAACAUUGAUCUCGGGGUGACCCUGUUGGGUGAGAGAUGCCUGCAUAAGUUCCCCUACCAAUGUUUUGGUGUCUUGCUGCACAUUGGAGUUGCAGUAUACACAAUUUGAAGGAAGGAUUGCCUCCUUGUCCAGUCCAGAACCAUUUCAUGGCAGUAAUGCUAUCUUAGCCUGUUACCUUUUAGCACAUUCCUGGAAGCUUCCAAGACUUCUGGUAUUCUGCUGCAAACAUGAGGCCAAACUGAAUCUGCUCUUCUAUUGGCGGCCAUAUCCCAGAAAUGUGAGCGUUCAGAAACAAAGCAGCAUUAUACAGACUCAGUUGGGUCAUUAAAGAGCAUCAUGUGUUUGUUUCUGCCAUUCUAAAGAUAAAACUAUAAAUGCUUAUCAAAAAAAUCCUAGACACAGUUGGGGUAAACAAGUAUUCAAUCCCAUACUUAUGUAAGUUUGCUCAUGAAGAAAUAAACAAGGAAUAAUAUUUAUGGUUACUUGAUUUUAAUGUGGAGACAAAAUAAUAAUUCCAGAUAAGAUAGGGAAAAUAUCGAUUAUCAAUAAUAUCAAAUUCUCACAUUGGUGCAUUGAACUUAUGUAAUCUGUUGUGCUUGGAUUUCUUGACCAAAAAAAUGACCAUAAAAAUUCAGUUAAGCAAGUAAACUUGCAAACAUAUUUGUAAAUCUACAAAUGAUAAAAACUUAUUUUCUCCACUGUAAGUCAUGACUUCGCUGCUCCAUCAGCGCCGUCUUAUUGGCUCUGCAGGUCAUGGAGACGUUCAGUCCAAACACCUGACAGCACUGCAUCAACGCUGCCUUUCAUACGUAAAGAAGCUGGAUAAAUGUGAGAAUUAAAAGCGCUAUGUUAGAUAUUUCAUCAUUCUGUGCCUGAUAGGGCAACACAUCGUAACAAGGUUGUUAAAAAAACUGACAAGGGGCCAAACUGGGGGCUGGUUAUGUAAACCCUUUGCUGUGGGAGAUUUCAGACUGUCAAUUUGUACUAACCUGUGAGAUGUCUUAUACCAACUGGUCAUUUUAAAACAUUUUCUAUAAUCUACUCAGUUGUCAUAAAUAUGAAGCUAUGAGUUCAAUAAAUAACACCUAGCAGAAGGUUACUUCAGAGUUAUUUUGGUUUGAUCAGGGUUCCUAAUCGAUCAGAAUUCUGAUCAGUCAUCUGACAAACAACGAUCAGAUGUAUAAUCAAGAAACAAAGGGUGAAAUACAAAGUUAUAAAACGUGCAACUAAACGAUAUGUUCAGCAUUUUAGAAUUCAGAGUGGGAUGACGAAAUGUCCGUAGGGACGGAGACGAGGUCAUGAACUGACCAAAGUGACAACUAGACCCAGAGCUUCACCUCCUGCAUAGAACACCACACCAUCUGCUCUCAUUCUAGAAAAGUUCAUUAUAGGAGAAAUUUAGGUCCAAAACCAAGUUUGAGUCAAAUUUGGAAAGUAUUACAUGUUGACAUUUAAAAAUGUGGGACUUUAGACCAUCUUUUUCCCCAUUAAACACAAAGUUACUUUUUUCCUUGCGAACUUUAUUCAUCUGCUUUUUAUUUAUUUUUUGGAAAUAUUUCAAUUUUGUAUCUAGUUUGUAUGGUGCAUCACCUCAUGCAUGUAAUCUGAUCAGUAUUUAUAUUAAGAACGAUGGUACACAAGGAAACAAGAUAUUGUUGGAUUCUUUGACAAUAAAUCAACUUGUUUAAA